CCAUGUCAGUCUGUGUCCGAGCAUUAAACGUAGCACAUCAGUGUUCUAUAAAUCUGGAGUUUUCUUUAGAAACCUACGUCUAGAACACAGCAAUUGGCGACGAGAUCGAUAUCUACGUGUGCAGAGAACGUUUUUUUUCAAUUAAUUGGUUGGAAAAAAUGACUACAUCAAGUGCAAAUGUAAUGUUCGGCGGCAGUCUCAAUUUUGACCAUCGGAUUCACGAAUGGAGUAUCUUCAGGAGCAGAUUGUUUCAAUUCUGCACUGUUAAUGAUAUUACGGAAACAACAGACAAGUCAGAAGUGAAACGCCGUGCCGUGUUAUUGUCGGCCUUAUCGGAAGAUACCUACCGCAUUCUUCGAGACUUAGUGGCGCCAAAGGAAGUUGACAGCGUAGAAUACAAGGUUUUGUUACAACAUCUGGAUACGCAUUUUACGCCAAAGAAGAGUACAUUUGCUGAACGCUACACUUUUUAUAAGGCUGAACAGCGACCGGGUGAAGAGUUGCCAGAUUGGGCCGCACGAGUGCGUAGCCUGGCCCAGUACUGUGGUUUUAAAACGGAGUUGGACAGUGUAUUACGCGACAGGUUUGUCUUAGGGUUGGAAAAUGUAAAAGAAAAAGAAAAGUUAUUUGCCGAGAGCGUUGACACUUUAACGUUUAGCAAGGCAUUAGAAUUAGCGCAAAGUGUGCGGUGCGCGCGAAUAGCGUUGCAAAAAACACAACCCGCGGUACCCGAAACUCCAGUGUUUGCCGUCAACACGUCGCGCGCGCAACGUAACCCUCGUAGUAACUUGGAAAGUUGUGAAGUUUGCGGCUAUAAAAAUCAUACAAAGGAUCAGUGUCGUUUUAUUAACUAUACAUGUCAAAAGUGUAAACAAAAAGGACAUUUAAAGCGAAUGUGUAAAACCAAAGUGCGAAGGAAUUAUUUUGUAGCAGAGGAGGAUGACGAUAUCAUUCAAGAUCUCACAAACUAAGAACUAUGGAGGGCGGCGCAAGGUGUGUUUUGUGGAAGGAGAUCAGGUGUUAGUUAAACAUAUAUUUAGUAACGGAAAUAAGCACGUAUGGAAAAAAGGUUGUAUACAAAAACUUAUAGGUAAUAAAAUGUACUUAGUUCGUAUAAUAGAUUUAAAUAUAUUAGUUAAGAAACAUGUAGAUCAGUUACUGUUGUAUAAAGGUAAUAAUAGCGUAGGUACUACUAGUGAUACCCAAGAUAUUUCAUCUGACCUGGAAAUAACAAUCAACGAGUCGUUAUCUCCAAGUCAUGAUGCAGUGUCACCUCCAGCGAUUGAAGGCCAGACCUCUGACUCAAGUUUAGUUGAAAGUGGAAAUAAUUUAGAUGAGCCUUGCCAG